UUUGAAAACACUGAGCGCCCUUUUGGCGCGGCCUUCCUGAUCCCGGGGAAGGGAGGCGGCGGGGAGCGAAGCAGGAGCGAGACCUCGGAUUCCACGGGAAGGGAAGAUAGAUCAAGGGAGAAUGGAAUCUAUUUCAGAUGGAGCUGCAAUACAGAGACCUUCCUAUAUUGUUAGUGCUGAACCAUUUGAAAGGCCUACAGGAAUAGAUGUUGAUGAUAUUAAGCUUGAUCUGUCCCACGAAUUUUCCUUGGUUGCUUCUAGCUCUGAGGAAAAUGGAUUACAAUCUAAGGACCAUCUACAAGUUUGCCUUAGAAUAAGACCUUUCACACCAUCUGAAAAGGAAAAUGACUCCCAGGGCUGCAUUUACAUUCAAGAUUCAAAUACUAUUUUGCUUAAAGAUCCCCAAAGUCUAGCUGGUCGGUUGAGUGAAAAGUGCUGCGGGCAGAUGGCACAGAAAUUCAGUUUUUCCAAAGUAUUUGGUCCUGAAACUACACAGAAAGAGUUCUUUGAAGGGAGCAUUAUGCAACUGGUAAAAGACUUCUUAAAAGGAGAAAAUCGUCUGAUUUUUACUUAUGGUGUAACCAACUCUGGUAAAACAUAUACAUUCCAAGGUACAGAAGAAAAUACUGGUAUUUUGCCUAGGACAAUGAACAUGUUGUUUCAUAACAUUCAAGAUAAACUGUAUCAAAAGAUGGACCUAAAACCACAUCGAUGUAGAGAUUACUUACGAUUAUCUGCUGACCAAGUGAAAGAAGAAAUUGCUAUUAAAAAUGCUUUGCUUCGGCAAAUUAAAGAGGUUGCUCUUCAAAAUGGCAGUUGUGACACCUUGUAUGGAAGUUGGAACUCAGUGAACAUUUCAGAUUUUGAAGAUUCGAAAGAUUUUGAACAACCUUCUUUGAAUGUGGAAAAUACAGUGAAAUUUUCAAUUUGGAUUUCUUUUUUUGAAAUUUACAAUGAAUUUAUUUAUGAUUUAUUUGUUCCUGUAUCAAGUGACAAAUUUCAGAAGAGAAAGAUGCUGCGUCUUUCCCAAGAUAUCAAAGGCUGCUCAUUUAUAAAAGAUCUACAAUGGAUUCAAGUUUCUGAUUCUAAAGAGGCAUACAGACUUCUCAGAUUAGGACUGAAGCACCAGAGUUCUGCUUCUACAAAACUCAACAGUGCAUCUAGCCGAAGUCACAGCAUAUUCACUAUUAGAACACUGCAAAUAGAGGAUUCUGAAAUACCCCAUGUAACAGGAGUCAGUGAACUAUCACUGUGUGAUUUGGCUGGUUCAGAACGAAGUAUGAAGACCCAAAAUGAAGGUGAAAGAUUAAGAGAAACUGGAAACAUUAAUACUUCUUUGUUGACUCUGGGAAAAUGUAUUAAUGCUCUAAGGAACAGCCAGAAAUCAAAGUUGCAACAGCAUGUGCCCUUCCGAGAAAGUAAACUUACCCAUUACUUUCAAAGCUUUUUUAAUGGCAAAGGGAAAAUAAACAUGAUAGUCAACAUUAGCCAGUGUUGUUCUGCUUAUGAUGAAACAUUCAACGUGUUGAAGUUCUCAGCUGUUGCACAAAAAGUUUUUGUUCCAGACACUUUAAAUUUUUCUCAAGAGAAACCAUUUGGCCAGAUUAAAUCUUCCAGAGAUACAUCACUCACUACUACUAAUAAUGCUGAUGCUAAAAUGUUAGAAAUGAAGAGAACCACUAUUGAAUGGGAGAGGAGUCUUGAAGAUCUGAUAGAAGAUGAUGAUAUGGCAGAGAAUCCUGAUGCUGCUCAAGAGGACCAUAAUAUGGAAGAACUAGAGAUGACAUUGGAAGAAAAAAAAGCUGUUGGGAAAGAGGAGUAUGCAAAACUGCUAUCACUGAUAGAAGACUUGAAGAACAAAUUGAUAAAUGAAAAGAAAGAAAAAUUAACCUUGGAACUAAAAAUUCGCGAUGAAGUUACACAAGAAUUUACACAAUACUUGGCUCAACGGGAAGCUGAUUUUAAGGAAUCCCUUCUUCAGGAACGUGAAAUGUUAGAAGAAAAUUCUGAACGUCGGGUGGCAAUCUUUAAGGAUUUGGUGUCUGACUUUGAAACUUCCCAUGAGGAACCAAUGGAUGAAACUUCUACUGUGAAAGUUGAAUCCAAGGAAGCUAUGGCUUGUUUAGAACUAAAGUAUAAUCAAGUUACAGCUGAAUUAGCUAAAAUCCAAGAAGAAUAUGCUAAAGUCCAGCAAGAAUUAGUCAAAACCCAAGAAGAAUUAAAGAGAGAAAAUAAAUCAGAAACGUACACAACUGAUUACAAGAUAUCUAUUCAUGAGCUUGAAAAUGCUAAUAAGAAAAUAGUUGCUCAGAAUCAGAGAAUUCAAGAGUUAAUGGAUAUCAUUGAUCAAAAAGAAGAUACAAUCAACAAAUUACAGAAUUUGGUGUCACAUAUGGAAGAUACUUUUAAAGGCUGUGAUGAAACUUUGUUUACUAUUAAAAAAGAGAUAUCAAAGAUGAACAGUAAUGAAAAAGUUGAGGAUAUUCAGACUGAGAAGAAUAAGGAAAACAUAAUUUCUUUGGGAAGAAAACGAUCAUUUGAAGACAGUUCACUUCAACAGGAAGAGCUGCCCAUCAAGAAAGGAUCUGUUAAUAUUAGCACUACCUUCCCUGGAAAGCAGAAGGAAAUUGGAGAUCUGCAAGAAAACAUUUCAGCAAAAGAAGCAGAAAUUAGAGAUUUACAAGAAGAAAAUGAAAGAUUACAGAAAAACAUUCUUGGUAUCAAUAAGGAACUUUCAAAUGAAAAAACAGUGAAAGAGGAGCUACAUCAACAAAUUGCAAGUUUGCUGCAGGAAUUGUCCUGCUCAAAAGAGAAAACUUGUAUAUUAAAUACAGAGGUUCAACAAAUAAGAUCUGAUUAUGAAAAUGCAGUAUCUGAAUUACAUGCACAGAAAACCAUAAACCAAGAACAAGAACAAAAGGUUAUGGAACUGCUGAAGGAGAUAGCAACAACCAGACAAAAUAUCACAAAUAAAGUGGAACAAAUAAAAUUAAUGCAAACAAAAAUAGAUAAGUUGCAUACAUUUGAUUCUGUGCCUCAGACUGUAAAGGCAGAAUCAAAAAAUCUAAAGAACUCUUUGAAAGAUCCUAGUGUUGAUAAUUUGCCAAAUACCCCAUCUACCAUAGAUGCCAAGGACUAUUUUGUAAAUGCACAGGUUGAAGAAUCUGGUGUUGAGUGCUUUAGGAGAAAGAGUUCUUUUCAUUACAGUAUUGAAGCCAUUUGGGAAGAGUGCAAGGCAAUGGUAAAUAUCUCCUCCAAUAAAAGCAACCAGAUCCAGAAAUUGGAGCAACAAGUUGAAAAAUUACAUGAAGAAGUGAGAAAUAUUAAGGAGGAAAACAAUCAUCUAAAACGGAAAAUCAGUGAGAAUAAUAAUCAGGAUAAUCUACUAAAGGAAAAAGAAAACUUCAUUAAGCAGCUUUUAGAAGAAUUAGAAAGAAAAACAAUUAGGCUCACUGUUGAAGAACAGCUUGUAGUUGAAUCAGAGAAAACAGUUUCAGAAUUCACACAAGAAAUCACAAGCCUGAAGGAAAAAAUAAAGGAACUUGAAACUGUAUUGGGUACCAAGGACACUGAUAAUCAGUUAGCAAGGUUGGAACAAAUAAUUCUGGAAAAAGAAUCUGCUAUUUUGAAACUGGAAAGAAAUCUGAAAGAGUUUGAAGAAAAUAUUCAUAAUUCCAGCAAAAAUACCAAAGAAUUAAGUGACAAGGAAGCUAAAUUGAAGGAGGAAGUCACACAAUUGAUGAAUAAUUUGCAAAAUGUGAACAAUUUACUUCAAACAAAAAAUAAAGAAAAUGAAAACAACAAUCAAGAAAUAAAAAAAUUGAAGGAAGAACUCUCUAUCAACUCUGCUCUUACACAUAAAUUGAAAGAAGAUCUUCAGCGGAAAGAAGAGGACUAUGUUGAUUUGAAAGAGAAAUUUGCUGAUGCCAAAAAGCAAAUUGUGCAAGUACAGAAAGAGAUAUCUGUAAUGCGUGACCAAGAGAAAUUACUGAGGAAUAAAGUUAAUGAACUUGAGAAAAUUAAAAACCAGUUUUCCCAGGAAUUAGAUAUCAAACAACGAACCAUUCAACAGCUUAAGGAACAGGUGAAUAAUCAGAAUACUGAAGAAGUUAUGAAACAAUAUCAAAACAUAUGUAAAGAUCUGGCUGUUAAAGAGAAAAUAAUUGAAGGAAUGCGAGCAACAAUGGAAGAACAGGAGCAAACUCAAGUAGAAAUGGAAGAAAUGCUUGAGUCUAGAUCAGAAGAAGUUGUGAAACUGACUUCUGAGUUGAAAGAAUGGAAGAAAAAAUACAAGAAUCUGGAGACUGAAAUCAGUCAUCAGGAGCUACAAAACUCAGAUCAAAGUGAUAAGGCUAACACAGAUAUACUCAAUGAAAAGCUCAAUCAGUUACAAGAAGAAUUACAGGAAUCAGAACAGAAGCAUCAAGAUGACAGAAAGAAAUGGUUGGAAGAAAAAACAAUGCUCAUCACUCAAGCAAAAGAAGCUGAGAACCAUCGAAACAGAGAGAUGAAAAAGUACGCCGAAGACCGAGCCCGUUGUUUACAACUUCAUAAUGAAGUGGCAAGGCUUACUGCACAACUAGCAAAUAAAGAUAAUGACCUACAGAAAUGGCGAGAAGAAAGAGAUCAUCUGGUUUUGGCAUUAGAAGUACAGCUCAAAACACUAGUCUCUAGUAACAUGCAAAAAGAUAAUGAAAUUGAGCAACUAAAAAGGACCAUAUCGGAGGACUCCAAAAAGGAUUAUAAGCCUACAAUUAAAGAAUCGCAGACAAUGUUAGCUGACAAAGAAGACAUUAAAAAGUUUAAAGAAUUGAAUUGUGAGAAUUCUAAUGCUUUGCAAGUAACACCUUUGACUACAGCUGAUAUAGAGAUGAAUACGGGGGAACAGUUGUCUCCUAACAUACAGGAAAAGGACAAACAAAAUCUGGAUAACAGCAAGUCUGGAAAUACUCUUCCUUCCAAUUCUGACACAGUAAAAAGGGAGAUGUCCUCAAAGCCUUGCCCAAGUGAUGAGCUCUCCGUGGCUGAAACAGAGGAUGGUUCAGUCAUAGUCCUUGACUCUUCUGAAGUAUCUACAGAAAAUGAACACACAACUCGGUUUCCAAAAUCAGAAUUAGAGAUCCAGUUUACACCUCUGCAGCCUAACAAGGUGUCAGUGAAGCAUGCUGGUAGUUCUGUUCCAGUGACAGUUAAAAUAGCCAAGCCAAGGAAGAGGAAGAGUAGUGAGAUGGAAGAGAACUUUGUGAAGCAUGAAAAUAAGAAAAAUGUUACCACACCCAGAUCUAAAUUGCCGGGCUCAGAUGGUUGCAAUUCUGUCAAAAAGGAACAAAAGAUUUCCACUACCUUGUCAUCCAGAAAGGCAUAUUAUUCUUUACGGAAUCAGGUUUCUACUCUCAGCACAAAGUCAUCCAUUAAGAAAAAAGAUGGAACACUGCAAAAGUUUGGAGAUUUCUUGCAACAUUCGCCAACAAUUCUUCAUUCAAAAGCAAAGAAGCUGAUGGAAAAAAUGAGCCCUUCAAAGCUUGCUAUUGCUGAGACAGGUAAAGAAAAUGGAUCCCGACCAAAGCGAGCUAAACGGAAAUUGUAUACAAGUGAGAUUUCUACUCCUUUAGAUAUUGCUGGCCAAGUGAUUUUUGUGGAUCCAAAAGAAAAGGAAAGUGAUCACCAGAUUCUUAAACGAAGACUCCGAGCCAGAACGGCCAAAUAAGUCAGAUUUGGAGAAUAUUUUAACGGACUUCUCAUUCUUAAUCAGUGUAAUUUAUACCUUACCCUUUUUUAAAAGAUGAUUUGUAUAUAGUAUGGUUCCUUAAUUCUUUCUGUAUACAUUCAUGUUUUUAUAUACAUACUUUAUACUUGUAAUUCAUUAAAGAAGAUAUUAAGAACUAUUCAUUUUGGAAUACCGAGACUUGGAAAAGUAACCUUUUUGUGUGUACAAAUUUCCAGGUGACUGAAUAUGAAGGUAGGAGGUUAAUGAGAAUUGUUAAGCAGGACACCACCUCCUGACUUGUUUUUCCUGGGCUUUGGUACAUGGAAACGAAGCUCUGGUUUCGAAAGGGGAAUAAUUUUUAAAAAUUAAGCAUAAAUAUUCAUGGAUUAGUGAUCUCAUCAGUUUGGAUCUCACCAAUGCCGCUCAUAAACUAUUUUUGACUGCCCAUUCUGUGCUACACUCAUCUCUGUCUUCCCAUAAAUUUUCUAUAGGUUAUCCAUUCAGAAUACUGGAAUGUUCUUAUAUUUCUGAUAUCAAGUAUCACAUUAUCUCUCAGCCUCAACAUAUGUCCUGCCCAUCUAAAUCUUUCUUUGCGUGACACAUAACAUUUACAAAAAUCAAUCAUGUGCUAGUAAUAAGUCAAAGAAAUAAAUAUCUUUUUCAGACUAUGUUUAUGGGUCUAUGGUCUCAUUGAUAGAAAAUCUUCCACUGAGGUCUAUCUUGAACAAACUCACACCUGCUAAUCCUAUAUAACUUUUUCCACUAACUUCCAUAAUUUAUUUUCGUGGGUUCUGUCCAUUUUGCUGGGGUCUUUAUUGUAUUUUUUUGAUGACAACUGAACAUGCAGAUUGUUUACCAAUUACCUCCUGCUCUACUUACUUGGCCACUAAACUAGUUUCUAACUCUUCAUAUAUUUCUUUGAUGACAUCUGUUAGAUCAAUAGUAUUUUGCAAAUCUUAUUUGUAAUACAGUAUAUAAUACUUUUACAUUGCCCUUUAAAGUUAUCUCCAACUUCACAUUCUUUAGAGAAUAAUGUAUGUAUUCCACAACUUUCAUCCAUACAACAUGACUGGAAGAAUAUGGAUAUUAAGAAAUGGGUUUUGUUUCACCUGCUGUCAUAUUGAGAGGGAGAUAAGGACAUGAAUAUGUUAUGGUGGAAAUGUGGAUCUGUUGAUCUUAUUUGGAAAAUAAUUUGGAAUUAUGUGAGAAAAGAGGGAAGGGAACAAAGAUUUAUUAAGGGUUGUGUGUGUGUGUGUGUGUGUGUGUGUGUGUAUACACGUGUACACACAAACACAACCAGGUACUUUGCAAAUACUUCAUUUGGUCCUCACAGCAACUGUGGAAAACAGAUGCUGUUAUAAUUCCCAUUUUAUAUUUGACAUACUUAUAGAGACAGAAGAUAUUUGACU